AUGUUCGAUGAUGACGGUGUCGAUAGAGAUGACCAUCAUGAUGUUGAUGAUAGAGAUAAAGAAAAUAGAGACAAUGAUGAUAAUGAAGACAAAAUAGAUGACGACGGUGAUGAAGAAUAUACAGAUGACGACGAUGAUGAUGAAGAUGAUAGAGAUGACGACGGUGAUGAAGGAUAUACAGAUGAAUAUGUUGAUGACGAUAAAGAUGAUGAUGAUGAUGAUGUAGAUAAUAGAGGUGAUGAUAGUGAUAAAGAUGCUAUAGAUGUAGAUGGUGAUGAAGAUGAUAGAAGUAACGAUGGUGAUGAAGAUAAAAGAGAUGACGAUGGUGGUGAAGAUGAUAGAAAUGAUAGUUGGGAUGAAGAUGAUAAGGAUGAAGAUGAUAAGGACGAUUAUACAGAUGACGAUAAUUUUGAAGAUGAUAGAGAUGAGGAUGAUGAUGAAUAA